AUGGGAAAUACGAAAUCUGUACCGAAUGCAGAAAAUAUGACUACAAAUUAUGAAAGAACGUCUGAUGCAAGUAUAAUUUCAUCAGUAAAAUCGUUUACAAUAAAUAAGAAACAAAAACAGAGUGAAUUGUCUGACCGAGAUAUUCAAUUUCUUAGCUCACAAACAGGUCUUCCUGCAGAUGAAGUGCUUGAAUGGCAUCACAAGUUUUUUCAAGAUAAUCCAGAUGGUCGCCUGGAUCGAGUUCAAUUCGGUAAAUUUUAUCGUCUCUUACGCAAUGAACCAUCUGAGCGUUUAGAUCUUAUAUGUGAUCAUAUUUUUCGUGCAUUUGAUGUUGAUGGCAAUGGUUAUGUUGAAUUUGGAGAAUUCCUACUGGGCUUUGCGAUAAGCUCGCGUGGUGAUCUUCGUUCGCGAUUAGAUUAUGCAUUUGAAUGUUAUGAUCUUGAUUCAAACGGAUAUUUAACAGAAGACGAAAUCGCUCCGGUUCUUCGUGCAAUGUAUACUUUAUUGGGCAUACAACAUGUUCAAGAUUAUCCACCUGAAGAAGUCGCAAAAGAUCUAAUGAACAAAUUAGAUGUAUCAAAAGAUGGUCGUGUGACGAAAGAUGAAUUUAUUUACUACCUUAUGAAAGAUGGAAUUUACAGAAAUACAGUUAAUCCAUUUCAUUAA